CACUCCUACCUAGCAUCGUACAUUUUCCUAUUCUCCGUCUAUUCGGUCUUCACGUCGACUUCAUAUUGCUCGAGGCCGUAAUUUCCAUUCCUCCACGCACGCGACGUUGGACAUCUCCUACCAAUCAAUAUGAGAUUGAUCAUUCGAGAUGACAAGGCCGCGGCCUCUCGUCAUAUCAGCGACUACAUCAUUAGCCGAAUCAAGUCCUUCGCCCCUACGCCCAACAAGCCCUUCGUCCUGGGUCUGCCGACAGGCUCUUCGCCCGAGGGCAUCUACAAGAACCUGGUGCGCGCGCACAAGAAUGGCGACAUCUCUUUCAAAGAUGUCAUCACGUUCAACAUGGAUGAAUACGUCGGCAUCCCGCGCGAUCAUCCCGAGUCCUACCACUCCUUCAUGUACAAGCAUUUCUUCAGCCACAUCGACAUCGACCCCGCCAACAUCAACAUCCUCAAUGGCAAUGCGCCCGAUCUGGAGGAGGAGUGCAUCGCCUACGAAGAGAAGAUCAAGCGCGCCGGAGGCAUCGAGCUCUUCCUCGGCGGCAUCGGCCCGGACGGGCACAUUGCCUUCAACGAGCCCGGCUCGAGUCUGUGCAGUCGCACGCGCAUCAAGACGCUCGCCUACGACACCAUCCUCGCCAACUCGCGCUUCUUCGGGCACGAUCUGAACAAAGUGCCCAAGAUGGCGCUGACGGUGGGCGUGCAGACGGUCAUGGACGCGCGCGAGGUUGUAAUCAUCAUCACCGGCGCACACAAAGCCCUCGCGCUACAAAAGACAAUCGAGUGCGGCGUCAAUCACAUGUGGACGCUGUCGAGUCUCCAGAUGCACCCGCACGCCAUGAUUGUGGUGGACGAGGAUGCCACGCUGGAGCUCCAAGUCAAAACCGUCAAGUACUUCAAAUCCAUCGAGCAAGUCGCCACAUCGCAGGGCUUCGGUCAAUUCCUGCCCUCCGCCGAGCUCACCCUCAAAAAGCGAGAUUCCGUCCUCGCGCAGUUGGACAGCCCCAAGAGUCCCACGCCCAAGAGCUUCCUCAUGGCGCCCGCGCCUGCCGCCGUCGCCGCUGCCCCAACCACGCCGGACCUCGUGCCGGACUCGAUGCAGUCGAGGUUGCCCGACUCUGCCGUCCCCGUCCUGGGCCUUGGAGUCACGGCGAAAGUGUAACGGCGGUUCGGUUUUGCAUUUCACCCUGCCUUAGCUUUGGAGUUGGCGGCCGACGGGUAUAGAUAGAUUGUGUUUACAAGUGCAGACAUAGCUCCCAAUCGUGUGCAAAUUGCACUCUGUCUGUCAGCAGCAUUCUCAUGUGCGGGCAAAUUAUUGAUGAUGCUUUGCAUGUGAUGCUGGCGUUGAGUUGGCUCGUG